UUUUCAGGUUGCUGAUAUUUGAAUGUCUCUGAGGACCAAGGGAAGCCCUGGAAAGAUGGGGGAGUUCGAUCGUCCAGUAACUUUCUGUGCCAUCUUGCUGCAUCAGUGCCCAGGAAAUUGUUUGCUUGAUUCUGUGUCUGAGGCCCUUUGGUGGUGAGCAGUCAGAUAAUGUGGAUGCAAGUGAACUUAAGCAGUUUUUUGAGACCAACUAUUCUCAGAUAUAUUUCAUCUUCUAUGAAAAUUUUAUAACACUGGAAAAUAGUGUGAAAUUAAAAGGGAAUAAUAAGUCACAAAGGGAGGAGCUGGACUCUAUCCUCUUUCUUUUUGAACCCAGGUGCCCUGAGAUUCCUGGCAUGCUGGCCCCUUUCACCUGACUCACUGGUAACUGACACUCUUCGGAGCAGGUUGGAUGAGAAGAGAGUCUGGCUUGAAGCCUGCACCUUGGGCAUUCACUGAGUGAACUUGGAGGAGUGGCCAUUGCUGACAUGAUUGCAGACAUAGAGAUAUGCUGCUCACCGUUCUCUCUUCAAGAAAGAAUUUGCUGCUCAGCUGCAAGGAUGGAUUAGCUGGCAACCUCCACCUGUUAAUGCUUUCAGCUUUCCAGCCAUGGUCAGUCACCCUCUUAUCAUGGUCACCAACCAUUGACUGAGUGAGACUUAUUUGUACUGAAAAGUCAGAAAAUAUUGCAGUUUCUACCUGAACGCAUUUUCUUUCGAUGGCAUUACCAGAGUAUAGGCAGACUUAAAAAAAAGAAUUUUGGAACCCUCACAUGGCUAAGACCCUUUCUCAGUAACAAAUGAAGAACCUGAUCCAAAUUGGGCUCAACUUUAAAGAAGCUUCUACACACUGGAAAUUCCACUAAGAUAAGAUGUGAAGGAAUCAGGCUGUUUCUUCUGUGGCUUCAAGCACUUCAGACAAACUGUGCAGAAGAGCAGGUGCUGAUUUUCGCUUGCCUUGUGCCUGGUUUCCCAGCAAUCAUGUCCUCCAGAGGACCCUGUACUCUGGAGACUCUCAUCAAUCCAAGCCCCAGUGUAGCUGAUGCAAAGAUCUACCCAGAAGAAAUCACUCCACUCCUGCCAGCCAUUUCAGGGGAAAAGAUUGCUGAGGACCAAACAUGCUUUUUUCUUCAAAUACUAUUGAAAUAUAUGGUUAUUCAGGCUGCAAGUUUGGAGUGGAAGAAUAAGGAGAAUCAAGAUACUGGUUUUAAAUUUCUUUUUACAUUGUUUCGAAAGUAUUAUCUUCCUCAUCUUUUUCCAUCUUUUACUAAGUUAACAAACAUCUACAAACCUGUACUCGAUAUUCCCCAUUUAAGACCAAAGCCAAUGUACAUUACUACAACUCGAGACAAUGAAAACAUUUACAGUACAAAAAUUCCAUACAUAGCAGCUCGUGUUGUUUUUAUUAAGUGGAUUGUAACUUUCUUUUUGGAAAAAAAGUACCUAACUACAAUACAAAACACUAAAAAUGGAGGAGCUGAUGUAUUGCCUAAAAUCAUGCAAACUGUUGGUGGUGGUGCAGUACAAGAGAGGGCACUGGAGUUGGAGGGUAGCGGGUCUGCAGAGCCAGAAAAAAACCAUUCCAACAGCAGCACAUUGUUGGAGCGAAGACUCAGCAACUCUAGCCUCUGUAGCGUUGAAGAAGAGCACCGAACUGUGUAUGAAAUGGUGCAGCGGAUCCUCUUGUCAACACGAGGCUAUGUCAAUUUUGUAAAUGAAGUAUUUCGCCAGGCAUUUUUGUUGCCUUCCUGUGACAUAGCAGUAACAAGGAAAGUAGUUCAGGUGUACAGAAAGUGGAUCCUCCAGGACAAACCCACGUUCAUGGAGGAACCAGAUAAAAAAGAAGUUGCCCAAGAAGAUGCUGAAAAAUUAGGAUUUCCUGAGACUGACAGCAAGGAGACUGCAUCUGAAAGUUCUGGUCAUAAGCGAUCUUCCAGUUGGGGACGAACUUACUCCUUCACAAGUGCAGUGAGCAGAGGGUGUGUGACAGAAGAGGAAAAUAAGAACGUCAGAGCCGGGGCCCAGGCAAUGCUGCAGUUUGUUUAUUUAAAGGUAUUUUUGACAAAUGCUGCGAACGUCUUUUUGCUGGAACCAUGUGCUGAAGUUCCCAUACUCUUGAAAGAACAAGUUGAUGCUUGUAAAGCUGUUUUGAUUAUUUUUAGGCGCAUGAUAAUGGAGCUUUCAAUGAAUAAAAAGACAUGGGAACAGAUGUUGCAAAUACUACUCAGGAUAACAGAAGCUGUCAUGCAGAAGCCAAAAGAUAAACAAAUAAAGGACUUGUUUGCCCAGAGCUUGGCAGGGUUACUGUUUAGGACACUCAUUGUGGCUUGGAUCCGAGCAAACCUCUGUGUGUACAUUUCUCGAGAACUCUGGGAUGACUUUCUUGGUGUGCUGUCCUCCCUCACACAGUGGGAGGAACUCAUAAAUGAGUGGGCCAACAUCAUGGACUCUUUGACAGCAGUGCUUGCAAGAACUGUUUAUGGAGUUGAGAUGACAAAUCUACCUCUGGACAAAUUAAGUGAACAAAAGGAAAAGAAACAACGAGGCAAAGGCUGCAUUCUAGAUUUUCAGAAAGGAACCACUGUGGGGAGAUCCUUUUCUCUCAGCUGGCGGAGCCACCCAGAUGUGACCGAGCCAAUGCGAUUUAGGAGUGCUACCACGUCAGGGGCACCAGGAGUUGAGAAAGCAAGAACUAUUGUUCGUCAAAAAGCAACUGCUAAGAGAAGCCAGUCUAUCAGCAACUGUGUACAACUUUCUGAAGCUUUGCCUGCCACUAAAAGCGUUCCACUCCUCCUUCACACCGUGAGCGCUCUCUUACCUGGUCUCUCUUAUUCCUCUUGCUCUCACAGGCUCUCAGAAAUGGAAGAAUGUCAGCAGUCAGAAAAUGCACCUGCAGUCGAAUCUGGCCACCUGGUGGUAGGGCAGCAGCAACAGUACAUUCGAAGCAGCAGCACACCUGAUGUCACUGAGCCGCUGUGCUCAGAGUCUGCUCAGGGUCAAAAGGUAGAAAAUGUACAGAAUGUGAGUUCUUCAGAACCUAAGCCUGUUCAAGAGAAGAAAGAAUAUGAAGGAAUAACAAUCUUAGUUCGAAGAAGCAGCAGCUCUGCGGAAUUGGAUUUAAAAGAUGAUUUGCAGCAGAUACAAGGAAAAUGUAGGGAAAGACAGAAGAGUGAAAGUGUUAGCAGUGACACAGCUCUGGGCUAUAACAAUGAGGCAGAGUUGUCCAUGAGCUCAUGGCAGACCUGUGAGGAAGAUGCAGAACUGAACACUCCUACAGAUGUGGCUGACUCUGAUGCCCAUCAUUGGUUACAACUGAGUCCCACCGAUGCUUCAAACUUAACAGAUAGCAGCGAAUACCUUGCAGAUGAUUGUAGCAUAAUCGCUGGAGGGAACCUCACUGGUUGGCAUCCAGACUGUGCUGCUGUGUUAUGGCGAAGAAUCUUGGGAAUCCUCGGAGAUGUGAAUAAUAUCCAGUCUCCCAAGAUCCAUGCCAAAGUUUUUGGCUAUCUCUAUGAACUCUGGUACAAACUAGCAAAGAUACGGGAUAAUCUAGCAAUAAGCUUGGAUAACCAAUCUUCUCCAUCUCCUCCGGUCUUGAUCCCACCACUCAGAAUGUUUGCAUCAUGGCUAUUUAAGGCUACGACAUUGCCAAAUGAAUAUAAGGAAGGCAAACUACAAGCCUACAAACUGAUCUGUGCCAUGAUGACCAGACGCCAGGACGUUCUGCCAAACUCAGACUUCCUGGUGCAUUUUUACCUUGUGAUGCAUCUGGGAUUAACCAGCGAGGAUCAGGAUGUCUUAAAUACCAUUAUAAGGCACUGUCCACCCCGCUUUUUCUCCCUGGGUUUGCCUGGCUUUUCAAUGUUGGUGGGGGACUUCAUCACGGCUGCUUCCAGGGUCCUCGGUACAGACAUGCUGGUGGCACCUCGUUCAGAAGCUCUCACAAUUCUCGGUUCUCUUGUCUGCUUUCCAAAUAUCUAUCAAGAGAUUCCUUUGCUACAGUCAGUGCCUGAAGUUACUGAAGUUAUUACAGGAACAGAAGAUGUCAAGCAUUACCUCAUAAAUAUUUUACUGAAGAAUGCCACAGAGGAACCAAGUGAAUGUGCAAGAUGCAUUGCCAUUUGCUCCCUUGGGGUCUGGAUAUGUGAAGAACUUGCACAGUGUACAAGACAUCCUCGCCUGAAAGAGGCCAUCAAUGUGAUUGGUGUCACUUUGAAGUUUCCUAACAAGAUCGUGGCUCAGGCAGCUUGUGAUGUUCUUCAGUUGCUGGUUUCCUACUGGGAAAAGCUUCAGACGUUUGAAACCUCCCUGCCUCUGAAAAUUGCAGAAAUCCUUGUGGCCACAAUUGCUUUUCUUUUACCAAGUGCAGAGUACUCCACAGUGGAAACAGAUAAGAAGUUUAUUGUGUCUUUGUUACUCUGCCUCUUGGACUGGUGCAUGGCAUUGCCGGUGAAUGCCCUUCUCCGCUCAGUGUCCACUGCAGCCCUGGAGGAGCAGCACUCUUCCAGAGCCCCUUUGCUGGAUUACAUCUACAGGGUUCUGCAUUGCUGUGUUUGUGGCUCAAGCACAUACACCCAGCAGAGUCACUACACACUGACCCUGGCUGACCUGUCAUCCUCAGAUUAUGACCCCUUCUUGCCACUGGCAAAUGUGAUGAAUUCUGAGCCAGUCCAAUAUCAUUCAUCAGCAGAACUGGGAAACCUGCUCACUGUUGAAGAGGAGAGGAAGAGACGAAGUUUGGAGUUGAUCCCCUUGACUGCCCGAAUGGUGAUGGCCCACCUGGUGAACCACCUGGGUCACUUCCCCCUCCGUGGGGGCCCUGCGGUGCUGCACAGCUUGGUCAGCGAGAACCAUGACAACACAUGUGCAGAAGCCUCUGAGCUAUCCUCCGAAGUGUUCAGGAGCCCAAACCUGCAGCUGUUUGUGUUUAAUGACAGCACCCUCAUCUCCUACCUUCAGACACCCACAGAAAGACUGGCAGGCAGCUCACCAGUGGGCACUAUCUCUGACGUGAGAGUAAUUGUGCGGGACAUCUCAGGGAAGUACUCUUGGGAUGGGAAGGUUUUGUAUGGACCUUUUGAAGGCUGCUUACCACCCAGCAGCAGAAAUCCUUCAUUUCUGAUUUCGGGCUGGCAUCAUCAAACAUUUGGACUUCAGAGAGAUUUUCCUCAAACUGAGGAGGGAGAUGAUGUCCUCGACAAAUUACUUGAAAACAUUGGCCACACAAGUCCUGAAUGCCUUUUACCAUCUCAGUUAAAUCUAAAUGAGCCUUCUCUACCCCCACGUGGAAUGAAUCGUGACCAAGAGAAGGAGAUCAUUGAGGUAAUUUUCCGCCAGAAUGCACAAGAAGAGGAGUAUGUUCAGAGGAGUAACUCUGAUAUGGCCAUGAGAGUCACCAGCCAGGAGCAGCCCUCACCAGUGGAGCCCCGAGGACCCUUUUAUUUCUGCAGGUUGUUGCUCAAUGACUUGGGAAUGAAUUCUUGGGACAGAAGGAAGAAUUUUCAUCUGUUGAAGAAAAAUUCAAAAUUAUUGAGAGAGCUAAAAAAUCUGGACUCCCGUCAGUGCCGUGAAACACAUAAAAUUGCAGUGUUUUACAUUGCUGAAGGUCAAGAAGACAAGUGUUCAAUCCUCUCCAAUGAAAAAGGAAGCCAAGCUUAUGAAGACUUUGUUGCUGGACUUGGAUGGGAGGUGGAUCUCUCAACCCACUGUGGGUUCAUGGGUGGACUUCAGCGCAAUGGCAGCACAGGACAGACCGCCCCUUACUAUGCUACCUCGACCGUGGAAGUGAUUUUCCACGUUUCCACUCGGAUGCCAUCAGACUCAGAUGAUUCACUCACCAAAAAGCUUCGCCACUUGGGGAAUGACGAGGUCCACAUCGUCUGGUCUGAACACUCCAGGGACUACCGCAGGGGUAUUAUCCCAACUGCCUUUGGAGACGUUUCAAUCAUUAUCUACCCAAUAAAAAAUCAUAUGUUCUUUAUUGCGAUAACGAAGAAACCAGAGGUUCCAUUUUUUGGACCUCUGUUUGAUGGAGCCAUAGUGAGUGGGAAGCUACUGCCAAGCCUUAUAUGUGCCACGUGCAUCAACGCCAGCAGGGCCGUGAAGUGCCUCAUCCCACUCUAUCAAAGCUUGUAUCUUUUUGCUUUAAAUAUGCAACUUAUUAACUAUCCCAGAAUCCAGAAUCCUGUCAGUUUUCAUGAGAGCCUAGCGCUAUGUGGUAGGAUAUCUAAUGAUGCUGGGCAGCAGCAGCUAGACGCAGCUUUUAUCGGCCACAUGAUCGUGAGGGAUCAUUUUGAACCGUGAAUCCAGCUUCGAACCUAUAUCAAAGAAGUUCUUGUUUGGGGUACCCUUGGCUAAAUGAUCAGAAAGCUGGAACUGU